UUUAUAGGCGCGGAGGGGCGCUGCGCAGAAGAAGCGAGCAGGCGGGUCGGGCCCGGGAAGGCCGCCGGCUUCAUCGCGCCUCAUCCCCGUGGGAGCAGGGAAAAAGCGACCGAAAAGGCCCGAUCGGCCUUCGCCGGAGCGUCCCUUCGGCGGCCGCUGAGCUUUUGUUUCCGUUUGCGCAGCGCCCGAGCGCCCCCACCGAGCUUUGUCUUCUCCCGGUCCCUGCGGGGAAGGCGCGGCCAAGAUGGACCCUUGUCACACCGAGGAGACCGAGGGCGAGAUCCCCGGCUUGGCAACCACAGAAGCCGAGACGGAGCCGAGCCUCACCCCCAAUGUGAUGCUCAACACAGAGAGCAGCGAGGGAUAUGUGGUGAAAGUCAGGGGUCUGCCUUGGUCCUGCUCCACGGAAGAGGUGCAGAGGUUUUUUUCUGACUGCAAAAUUCUAAAUGGGGCUUUGGGUAUUCGUUUCAUCUACACCAGAGAGGGCAGGCCAAGCGGAGAAGCAUUUGCUGAACUUGAAUCAGAGGAGGAUGUGAAAUUGGCGCUGAAAAAAGACAGAGAAACAAUGGGACACAGAUAUGUUGAAGUUUUCAAGUCAAACAACGUGGAAAUGGAUUGGGUUCUGAAGCAUACUGGUCCCAACAGCCCUGAUACAGCUAAUGAUGGUUUUGUACGUCUUAGAGGACUCCCAUUUGGCUGUAGUAAAGAAGAAAUUGUACAGUUUUUCUCAGGGUUGGAAAUCGUGCCAAAUGGGAUAACAUUGCCGGUGGACUUCCAGGGGAGGAGUACGGGGGAGGCCUUCGUGCAGUUUGCUUCACAGGAAAUAGCUGAAAAGGCUCUAAAGAAACACAAGGAAAGAAUAGGGCACAGGUACAUUGAGAUCUUCAAGAGUAGUCGAGCAGAAGUGCGCACUCACUACGACCCUCCACGCAAGCUGUUGGCAAUGCAGAGACCCGGUCCUUACGACAGACCUGGUCUUACGCGGGGAUAUAACAGUCUUGGUAGAGGAAGUAGCUUGGAAAGAAUGAGGCGUGGAGCUUAUGGAGGAGGUUAUGGAGGUUAUGAUGACUACAAUGGGUAUAAUGAUGGCUAUGGUUUUGGUUCUGAUAGAUUUGGAAGAGAAUGGACUCUUUUCUCUGCAGGAAUGUCGGACCACAGAUACGGCGACGGGGGAUCCACCUUCCAGAGCACGACUGGCCACUGCGUCCACAUGAGAGGUCUGCCUUACAGAGCUACGGAGAACGACAUCUAUAAUUUCUUUUCACCUCUGAACCCUGUAAGAGUACACAUUGAAAUCGGACCAGAUGGCAGAGUAACUGGAGAGGCAGACGUGGAGUUUGCUACUCAUGAGGAUGCGGUGGCUGCUAUGUCCAAAGACAAAGCAAAUAUGCAACACAGAUAUGUAGAACUCUUCUUGAAUUCUACAGCAGGAGGAAGUGGUGGUGCCUAUGGCAGUCAAAUGAUGGGAGCAAUGGUCAAAGAAUCGGAAGGGGUAGUCCAAGAUUGGAACACUAGCACAUUGCCAGGAAGCCAAUCCAGUUAUGGUGGUCCAGCGAACCAGCAGUUGAGUGGGGGUUAUGGAGGAGGAUACGGUGGCCAAAGCAGCAUGAGUGGAUAUGACCACCCUGGUUUAAGUAUGCGAGUACAAACAUGGGAAGGUGUGUGGGAGGCUGGGUGCUCUCCGCUUCCAUGGAACCGCGAGAGAAAGCACUGAAUUCAAACAGAGGGCAAGACAGCGCUGGCUCUUUCUUUGAACAACCAAUAAACUUGAUUCUGGGUCUGGAGCUGUAAACUGACACUUUGCAGUAUUGGGCACAGUGGAUGGUGUUUACGAGGUGGCCCAGCACGGACAGGCGUUGGGGGAAUGAUGCUUCGAAUCGGCCUGAACCAGCUGUGAACCUGCUGUCGGUUUUCCCCCUCAGACCCCGGGAGCCAGGGCGCCAUGAACAGCAGUUACUACAGCAGCGGGAACCGCGCGUCCAUGGGAGUGAACGGCAUGGGCGGCAUGUCAAACAUGUCCAACAUGAGUGGUGGCUGGGGAAUGUAACCAAUUGCUGACUUUUGGUCACAUCUUUUUUAAAAAACAAAAAAACAAAAAACUAAGUUUAACAGUUUUGCAAUACAAGCUUGUGAUUUAUGCUUUACUGUAAGUGAAUUCAAGAUUGUUAUUUUAAAACCUUUCAGGUUCAGUAUUUUUGAACAUACCGAAAUGAACAUUCAUCUAGGAUGUAAUAACCAAGUUGAGUAAAGACUAUAACUGUUAAACAAUUUUGAGCGUUUCUCAAGUUAGUUUUGUUGUAGGAGUGUAUUUAAGCAGUAAGCGUAUUUAGGUUAAAGCUGUUUGAAUUAUGUUAAAUGUUGCUCUUAUACCAUAUUACAUCUGACACUGUUUUGAAUACAUGUUGAAAGAGACAUGCUUUUUUGUAAAGAAACAAUAUAGGAGCUGUGUCUGAAAUUCAAAGUGAACAUUUGGCAUGUUAGUUCUAGUUUAUUUCUUUUAAUAUCCUGUAAGGCACGUUAAAGCUUUUUUUUUAAGUUAAUGGGGGAAACAUGUUGAGACGCAAUACGGCUACUUUAGGAUUUUGGUCUUGGUGUUCGUAUAAAAUUCUGAGGCCUUGAUUUAAUCUUUCAUUGUAUUGUGAUUUCCUUUUUAGGUGUAUUGCGCUAAGUGAAACUUGUUAAAUAAAUCUUCCUUUUAAAAA